AUGGGUAACUGCGUAUUCAAAGGCAGUGGUGGUUCAAGAAAAUUGUACGAUAACGAUGAUUCGUUGAUAAAAGUGGUGACUCCAAACGGUGGCGUUAUGGAGCUUCAUCUUCCCAUCUUAGCUGAGUUCAUCACCAAUGAAUUUCGCGGCCACGUUAUCCACGACUCUUUAAGCCUCCGCCACUCAUGCCAGCCGCUUCUCAACGGUGAAGAGCUCUUUCCUGGUAACAUCUACUACCUCCUCCCUCUUUCUUCCACCGCCUCAACCACUCCACAGUAUUCUUCUGACCAACUAUCAACGCCGUACAGAAUGUCUUCGGGGAAAACGCCGGUAGUGGCGGCUACAAAUGGCGUCCGAGGAGGUAGUCGUGGAGUGUGGAAGGUGAAGCUUGUGAUAAGUCCGGAGCAGUUGGUGGAAAUUCUUGCGGAUGAUAUGGAAACAGAAGCGUUCGUGGAAAGUGUGAGGACGGUGGCCAAGUCCGGCUGUUAG